GGUCGCACUGUGUACAUACAUGGAAACGGAUACGAGGUGGGAGUCAGUUAUGUUUAGGUUCAGCUUUGUGUUUUAUUCAUUUUUACUCCUGUGAUUACAACAGUUCUCAAGUCAUUAAUGUGUUCGUGCACGCUUUGGACUCUUUUGGCCUACUAAAUACUGUUUUACGAGUGCGCAGUGUACACAUCUGAAACUCGUCUGCAGGAUGUCUUCGUUGGUGUCUCACGGAUUUCAGAGCAGUAAACAGGACUUCAGCUUCGGGCCCUGGAUUGUCACCGCGGCCAAGACUCACAUCAUGAAGUCUAAAGACAUCGAAAGGUUAGCAGAGACCAUGAACAUGCCGGCUCUGCCAGAGAUGCUGUUCGGUGACAAUGUGCUGCGCAUUCAGCAUGCGGACGGUUUCGGAAUCGAAUUCAACGCCAUCGACGCUCUCAAACGUGUCAACAACAUGCAGGACUCUGUGAAAGUGGCUUGUGCUCAGGAGUGGCAGGAAAGCAGGGCCGAGUCAGAGGCAUCUAAAGAGGUAGUGAAGCGCUACGACUGGACCUACACCACAGAUUAUCGGGGCACAUUACUCGGAGAGCACCUGCAGAUCCAGGUGAAGCCCACGGCCGAGCGCAUUGACAUGGAGAAGCUGCGAGCGCGAGAGCAGAUCAAGUUCUUCGAGGACGUGCUGCUGUUCGAGGACGAGCUUCACGACCAUGGCGUCUCUAUGAUCAGCGUGAAGAUCAGAGUGAUGCCCACCAGCUUCUUCCUCCUGCUGCGGUUCUUCCUGCGAGUGGACGGAGUGCUAAUCAGAAUAAACGACACGCGUCUGUAUCACGAGGCUGGAAAAAAACACAUGCUUCGGGAAUUUAGCACACGUGAAAGUCAGAUGUCAGACCUCCAGCACAUUCCUCCAGCCGUUUAUACAGAUCCCAACGAAAUCGCCCAGCACCUGCCGCUGAAGCUCAUCGAGUGCGAGAGGCUGGAGUUUCCAGAACGAGGAUCAUCGGACUGAUUCGAGCCGGAGCAGAGUGCCUAAAGACUUGAACCCGGAGCCGGUGCGCUGCUGGAGCCUCAGCCUCGUCCCGCUGCAGAGCUGCCUUUCACUGACACUGAAAUCUGAAGAAUGGUGUACAUUUCUGAAUGUGAUGCUUGUUUGUUCUGGGUGUCACUGGGAAAGAUUUCAUUAAAAUCUUUAAAGAAU